AUGAUUAUGUCUUUAAGACGCGUUCUGGGGUGUGGCAUUUUAGAGAAGAGCCUGUUCAUAGGUGCUGAUGUCACGUCAGGUACGCUUUUUCUACAGCAACGCAUUAAAUCGCAGGAAGCAAGGGUGUAUCAUGAUGUAGACCUUCUAGAAGAAACGGUCAAAUCCCGUGAGGGGGUCUCCUAUGAUGACUCAGCCGCGAGCCCCUCUACUCUUUUGCGGAAGAUAAAACAUGAAAGGGAACUUGCAGCUGAAAAAAUAGGCCUUGAUAAGGUUCCGCAGCCUCCCCUACGUCGUUCAGGGAAGAAUAUUGUAAUGGAAGAAAAUACAAACUCGGGAGCCAACUCCACCGGUUCCCAGCAUAAACCAAAUGACUCGGUGGGUGGCUCAGCGACACUUCCUCCAAGGAAUCACUUUCUGCAAAAGCUUUCAGAGAUGGAAAAGUCCUCGGGAUUCAGUGGUACGUGUCGUAAAGCUACCUCCCGCGCACAUGAAGGUGGGGUUGAAGAAAAAGUCUUGGAGGAACGAAAGCGAAUGCUGGUUUUUCGAGAUGUUGGGAUGGAUUUAGACAAGCCUAUUCUGUCACGGGAUGUGUUUCUUGUGCUUAAGUACUUUCGGUAUGGCAUUGAGUUUGCCGUGGAUAAUGAGUUAGAGCGUAUGUUGCGUUACUUUAACGAGCAUGCCUUGAAUGAACUCAAAAUCAUUCAAAACAGUAAACUCAUGCGUGGCCCUGCGUCCCUCAGCCGAAAGAAGAUUAAUGCUGGUCAUGGUGUCUUGCCCUUUCAGGUAACGCCGUCCUUCCCAUCGUUUCAGGCAGCCAAUAUGCGUCAAUUCUGCCGUUAUACAAAAGAAACCGAACAAAAGGCAAAUGAUAUUCUGAAAUCGACUUCUUUUUGUACGUCGUUUCACCGGAAAAAUGGAGAUGCUAUGUCAAGAACAGACUCAAUUACGCCCUUCUUCUGCGAAAGCAACAGCACACAAAUGACGAUGUUUUCCCCUUCGAUGUUUCGGCGGCCAGCAGUCAUCAUUUAUUCCCAGUUAGGACAAAAGCUUGGGGCCCAAGCCGAUUUGGAAUGGCGACACCUGGCCUAUACGACGCUCUAUCCUUCUUUAUUGCAAUACCUCCCAGAGACCGAUAUUAAAGGAGAGGGCCAUGUCCUUUCGCCGUCCGGGCAGCAUAGAGGAGGACUCCGUCAUCGUUCUGGAGGAACCUUUCAGGGUGUGAAGGGGCAUGCCAUGCCGAUUGAUAUUAUUUCAUUACGUAGUAUGGACGUGUACAAGUACCGUUGGGUGCACAAGCUCUAUGUACGCCGCUUUGCGCAGUCACUAUUUCCUUCUGUGGCAUCCUCAGAUUGUGCAACUAGUGAUUCUCAAGUUAAUGGGGUUUUAACGGCUUCAUCCACAUUUGUUGGAUGUAAGUUACUUCAACCGUUUUAUCCUGUGUUAGGUCUGCGUAACUAUCUUUCCCCCCAUGUGAUGCUUGUAGACCAUGAAGGAAGAAUUCGGUGGCUUAGUGCAGGUUGUCCUGAUGAUUACGAGAGAGAGCAUUUUCCUGCAUUACUAAAGCAACUUGCAGAUGAGUACUUUGAAGCCCGGAGUCGGUAG